AUGGACCGAAUGGACUAUCCGUCGACCAGCUACGGCCAACAGGAUCCGCAACAGCUCGGUAUCCCGUCGGGACCUACACCCACCCAGGCUCCGGCUGGACAACAGCAGCAACAACAACAGCAUACAGGGCAGCAGAAUGGUCCUCAAAACGGGCCACAGCAGCAACAGCAACCUUCGGUUUUACAGGAGUUACUUCAGCAAAAUCCCCAAGACUCGCAGCAGUCAAACUUCGGGCCACGCGCCGGGUACUACCCAGGAACAACGGGUCAAAUGGCCAACUAUCAGCAGCAAAGAAGCCAAUCAAUGCAAGCAAAUAUGGGUUAUGGAGGAGCCGCCGGGGCUACGGGUACCCCACAAAUGAACGGGAUCGGCCGUGGCAUGGUCGGAAAUGGGCCCCAGGCCGCUCAGAUGAGGCCACCCAACGGGAUGGCCUAUCCGGAUAUGGCCCAAAUGCGACAGGGCGGCCAGCAAUAUCCGCAGAUGCCGGGAAACAUGGCCCAAAUGCAGCAAUAUCACCAGCAAAUGGGACAACAGAUGUCGGGCCAAAUGAUGGGAGCGCAAUACGGGGGAAUGGUUCCGCAACCAGGAGCCGCAGCUCAACGAGCCGGGAUGCCGACGCAAAACGGAGCGGUGAGAUAUCCGCCCGCGUACAAUCGACAAGUCUCGGCCCCGAUGCCAGCGACGGGAGCGGAUCCGCCACAAGCAGCCGCACCGACAAGGACGUCAAAUUCGAAGAAAGCGCAGCAACAACGGCAACAACAACAGCAGCAGCAGCAACAACAGCAGCAACAACAAGAACAGCAGCAGCAAGAUAAUCCAGCCGGCUUCGCCCCGAUGCCAGCAGCAGGUCGAGGACAACCACCGCCAUAUUCUAGCCUGGCAAAUGGACAAAUGAUGCACAUGCAGUACCCCAACCAAAUGGCGAUGCACCCCGGCUACAGCAGCAUGCCGCAGCAACAGAUGCGCCAAAUGCCGCAGUACCCCGGAGCGCCGAUGCCCCACCCAAGUCCGCAGCAAAGUGCACAGCCUCAAGGAGCCAAAGCAGCCUCCGCGGCUCAUGAUCCAGCCCAGCAGCAACAGCAACCCGGACGAACCCAACAGCAGCAAACGGCCCAACAACAACACCAAUACCAGAUGCAACAACAACAAAUGCAACAGGCGCACAUGCAGGCACAAGCACAAGAAAGCGGCCACCCGCAAUAUCCGCAGGGAUAUGGGCAGCAACCGAACAACUUUCAACAGCAGAAUGGCGGCCCGAAUUUGACGCAUCAGCAGCAACAGCAAAUGCAACAACAGCAUCAACAAAGUCAACAGGGGCAACAGCCAGCGAGCCAGGGAUUGCAGGUCAUCCCUCCACACCAACUCAACGGUCAACCAGCCCCGCAAGAAGCACCACAACGACUAGCGCCCCACCCGAUACAACAACUUCCGAUGCAACCGUCGCAAUUGUCGCAGGAAGUGCCUGACCGCGUCAAGCUGAUCUGCCAGAAUUUGUUCCUGUUUCUACAUGCUAGGAAAUGCGUGCAAACCGGGAAGCCGUGCGAGCUGGCCAAGUGCAGCACCGAGUUGCAGCCCCUCGUCCGGCACAUGAACAUGUGCAACAUGGGCGAUAAUUGUGAUUACCCGCGCUGCGGCUUCUCGAAACGAAUCCUGACGCACUGGGACCUGUGCCGCGAGCUGGAUUGCUCGGUUUGCCAGCGUGUGCAACAGCAUCUCUACGUUCGCGAGGUGCCGGAGCCGCUCGACUCACCACAACGGAUGGCGUGGCAGAGCGACGAGGAGACGCCGAGUUUACGGAAGCGAAGUGUACGCAAGCUGAUGGACGCCCUGUUUCCGUACCCCUACGUCAAAGACUCGCGGAUACAAGACAUUGCCCUGUACGCGGCGAGGCUGGAGAAGGAUCUGUACGACAAAGGCACUAGCAAGACGGACUUCCUGCAAGCCGUCGCCGAGCGCAUCUACCACAUCAAGAAGGAGCUGGACGACAAGAAGGCGAGGAGAGCGAACGGCCAAGAGCCGCACCCCCAAAUCAGCCAAAUACACCAGCAACAACAAAUGCAGCAACAACAGAUGCAGCAAAUGCAGCAGCAACCAAACUCGCAGCAGGGACCAUCGAAUGGACAGGCGCCGUUGCAGAAUAUUGAAAACAACGCCAUGAUGCAGCCGGACAUCAAGCCGGUGAUACCUCCGCAACAACAGCAGCAAUACCAACAGCAACAAGCGCAUCAACAGGCUCAACAAUAUUCCCAGCAGCAGCAGCCACAGCCCCAGCAAAAUAACUGGGCCCACCAGCCGAACGCCAGCACGUCCUACGGGCAAAUGGCUCCAUCGCACGGCCAGGAUUUGAAGCGGUCUUCUACCGGCUCAGAGACGUCUGAAGUGCCGAAUAAGCAAAUUAAAACCGAGCCCUUCGAUUCCGCUUCAACACCACCGGCCCUCGAAAAUGCCAGCAUCGACAUGAAGCCCGACUUGGCGAGCAUGAGUGAAAGCAAAGUGACGCCGCCCGCCCAACCAACCCCGGCGCAGAACAACAACACGCAACGACAACGCUCCGAGCCCCCACCCCCGCCAAAACCCUCGAAGCCGUCAGUAGAUGAACCACCGGGCGAGGACACGGUCCACGACGCCGAGUCGAUGAAGCGCCAUUUGAUGCCGGUGUUCACGAUUUGCUGGGAGAUGGAGGAGGCCGUGAUUUUCCACGAGCCGGUGGAUCCGAUAAAGCUGGGGAUUCCGCAAUACGCCGACAUCAUCAAGCAGCCGAUGGACCUGUCGACGAUCAGGAACAAACUGAACCGGGGCGGCUACGCGAACCCGUGGCAAUUCUGUGAGGACAUGUGGUUGAUGUUCGACAACGCGUGGACGUUCAACAAGAAGGCUACGAAAGUUUAUAAGCAGACCACAAAGGUGCACGAAAUCUUCACGCUGGAGAUGAACGUGGCGAUGGAGAAGAUGGGGUACUGCUGCUCGCAGCGGCUGACCUUCACCGAGUUGCCGCUGUUCUGCUACGGCGCCGGGCAGUGCUUGAUCCUGUGGGAUCAGCCGUAUAUGUGCUACGAGCAGAACAGCUGCCAGUUCAACAUCCAGGUGUCGGAGAAGUACACUUACUGCUUGAAGUGCUUCGACUCGCUGGUGCCGCCGGAGGGAAUGGCUUUAACUGAUGAUCCGAAUGACCAGAAUCGGGUGAAAAAGGACGCCUUCCAACUGAUGAAAAACAACCAGCGUGAGUACGAGCCGAUGGAGGUGUGCAAGCUGUGCCACCGGAAAUGGCACAAAAUCUGCGCCAACUACCACAACAAGAUCUACACCGAGGGCUUCACCUGCGAGACGUGCCUGAAAGAGAAGGAGCUGACCAAGCAGGAGAACAAGUUCACCGCCAAGAAGCUACCGCACACCAAGUUGAGCCAGCACCUUGAGGACCGCGUUAACGGGUACGUCAAACGGACCACCGACGAAGAGCUCGAGGUGGUCAUUCGCGUGCUGUCGGUCCAAGAGAAGGAGGUGGAAGUGCGGAAGGAGAUUCGGGACAAAUACAGCAUGCAAGGCUUCCCCGACAAGUUCCCCUACCGCUCGAAGGCCAUCUUCGCCUUCGAGGUGAUCGACGGGGCGGAGGUGUGCUUCUUCGGCAUGCACGUCCAGGAGUAUGACAACAAGUGCGGCGGGAAUAAUCAGAGGCGCGUCUACAUCGCCUACCUCGACUCGGUCAACUUUUUCCAACCACGCACGAUGCGGACAGACGUGUACCACGAGAUUUUGUUGGGAUACUUGGACUACGCAAAACAACUCGGCUACACGAUGGCGCAUCUCUGGGCUUGUCCACCUGGCGAAGGCGAUGACUACAUCUUCCACUGCCAUCCCCCGGACCAGAAGAUGCCCAAGCCGAAGCGAUUGCAGGACUGGUACCGGUGCAUGCUGACCAAGGGCAAAGAACAGGGCGUUGUCGUCGAGUUCAAGGACAUCUACAAGCAGGCCGUCGACGACGAUCUGCGCUGCCCGAUCGAGCUGCCGUACUUUGAGGGCGACUUCUGGCCGGGCAUCAUCGAGGAGUGCAUCCGGGACGCGAAAGACGAGGAGACGAAGCGGUUACAGGGCGGCGACGAUGAGGAUGACGUCGUGUCGAAGAGCCAUUCCAAGAAGAAGAGCACGAAAGCCUCGAAGAACAAGAAGAAGCCUGAGAAGACGAAGCAGUCCACCGGGGACCUGAUCACUGACAAGCUCUACACCCAGUUGGAGAAGCACAAGGACGUCUUCUUCACGAUACGACUUGUCCCCGAGAAGGAGUUGCCCAAGGUGCACGCCAUCGACAUUGCCGACCCUGAUCGUCUACUGGCCAGCGAGCUGAUGGAGAACCGCGACAAUUUCUUGCAACGGGCCCGCGAGGAUCACUGGGAGUUCAGCAGUUUGAGGAGAGCAAAAUACUCAACGCUCUGCAUGUGCCACGCGCUGCACAACGACCCCGGCCAGAAGGACGGCAUCGCCACGUGCAACCUGUGCAACGCGACGGCCAAGUGGCACUGUAAUACCUGCGAGGACUUCGACAUGUGCGACAAGUGCAAGGAGGCCAAGCCGCACAAGCACCCGUUGGAGAAGAUUGCCCAACUUGUCGAUGGUGGUACGAACGGCGAGAAGAAGGACAAGAACGGGCGUCUACAAGCCUGUGCGAUGGCGCUGCAACACGCGUGCCAGUGCCGCGACGCCAACUGCAACGAGCGCAACUGCCAGAAGAUGAAGAAGGUCGUCCAGCACACCAAGACGUGCAAGAAGCGCAUGACCAGCGACUGCCAGUACUGCAAACAGUUGAUCGCCCUGUGCUGCUACCACGCCAAGAAUUGCCACAAGGAGCAGUGCCCGAUCCCGUACUGCUCGGCCAUCCGGCACAAGCUGAACGAGCAGAAGCAGAGCCAGGUGCGCCGCUCGGAGAUGAUGAUGAGGCGGCGAAUGGAGGGUAUUCGAGGCCGCGACGCGCUUCAACACCAGCUCUCCCAAUCUCAGGGUUCCCCCGCUGGCAUGGAGCAGAGUCCCGCGACGAAUGGCCCCGGCAGCAUCAUCGCGUCGAAAAAUGGCGGUCCCGGCUCGGUGGGCCCCGGCUCGAACAAGUCGAUGCACCAGCAGCAGAUGAUGAGCUACGGCGCGCAACAACAAGCCCAACAACAGCAGCCCCAAUCCCAACACCUGCAGCAACACGGAGCCCAGAAGGGCGGCGCCGGCUCGUACAUGCCGAUGGCCCAGCUGCCCGCCCAGGGCCAGUACAACCCGAUGAUGGACCAGCAGAACCGGCAGAUGUAUGGAAUGCAACAACAGCAACAAGCGCAGCAGCAGAUGCACCAGCAACGACCGCAAGCAGUCGCCGCCCAGCCGCAACGACAAGUCGAUCCACGGGUGCAAGGCGUCGUUCGACAGUUCAACUCAUUGAAGGGUAAUCCUGAGGAGCGAGAACGGAUGCUCGGGGAGCUGAAGAAGCAGCCGCCGUUGUUCCAGGCUUUCAUAAAGGAAAUCCAAGCCCAGCGCGACCAACAACAACCUCCACCCCCGCCGUGGAUGCAGACGAGUGGCCAGAUGCCGAUGGGAGCUCAAGGGCAACGACCCCCAAUGGGACAGCACCCCGGCCAAUACCCGGCACAUAUGCAGCAACAUAUGCAACAGCAACAGCAGCAGUAUUACGGCCAACAACACCAACAACAACAGCUGCAGCAACAGCAAAAGCAGUGGCCCACUGGAAAA